AUGUCGAAGCUGUACGUGGGCAAUCUGCCGUCGGAUUGUAACGAGAGUGCCCUCAGGCAGCUCUUCCAGGAUCACAAUUUGUCGUGUACCACGAUUCUGGUCAAACGGGGCGGUUAUGCAUUCGUCGACUGUACCGAUCAAUCUGUGGCGGAUCGUGCGAUCGACAAACUUAACGGAUACACCUAUCUCGGAUCAUCCCUCGUCGUCGAGCCAUCCGUAGCCAGUGGACCGAAGAAACGGUGA